AUGAAUGGGACUCAGAAAUUUACAAUUCAAAAAGACACCCGUUCCCAAGACCGUCUUCCUUCCGCGCACACGUGUUUUAAUCAAUUGGAUUUACCCGAAUAUCCCAACUAUGAGACCCUUCAAAAAAUGUUAUUGCUGGCUUGUAGAGAAUGUUCUGAGGGUUUUGCUUUUGCCUGAAUUAUAUGGUAAAUGUUGACAGAUUUACAUGAAAAACACAAUUUUUAAAAAUUAUUUUUCCCUAUUUUAAUUAAAAAAUUUUCAGAAAAUUUUUUUUCAAAAAUAAUUUAUUUUUGUAACAAUUAGGAUUGAAAAAUAUAAAUUGUGUUGAACAAGUUAACAAAGGACAACAACGAAAUAACAAAAUUUUAAACUCAUAACUUAGG